CAUCAUCAAGAACAACAACCGCAAGUACAUCAGCAACAGCAACAGCAACAAUCAGCGCCUCAAUCACCUAUGUUUUAUCACAGUCCAGCGAAUUACAUGGGAUACUACUAUCCAAAUGUUCUGGGUAUCGCUCCUUGUGACAGCAGCAACAAUAACAAUAACACUCCAACAUUCUUACGUGCUCCAGGGGCAGGGGAAACAGCGGAUAUACUUGCUCACCAAGAAGAUCACCAACCGUAUCACUUGUCUGCGCCAUCCACGAACCAUUUCAUGCCUUAUACUUCUAAUGACGACAAUAAUGCCACAAACUUACUGCCAGCUUAUGACUAAUUUUUAAGUACUCCCCUCCUUACUAACAUAAUAACGAUAAUACCCACCCUCACUGCACUCUGAAUCACCCUGUUCUCACAUAUACAAGCGCACACACACAUUAAUGAAGAAAAAUCGAUUAAAG